AAGUAACACAAUGGGCCCAAGGUCCAGGAGGACAUAAUAGAUCCAUAGGGGAUGUUGAAGGUCUGAGGGCCACAGCAUUGAAGGGCUGAGGACCGCAUCCAUCCACACGAGGCAGGGACGGAUUCAGGGUCACCUGAUAGUUCAAGUCUGAGGGUGCCACCAUUCCACGGAGGGCAGUGAAGGACUGAGGGCCAGCCGGCACGGUGCAUCAAACCCCGAAGUGAAACCGACACACUCGAUAAUCACCCUACCCGAACCAUGACUGAUUACAAACUGUUGAAGGAACUGGGCUACCGGCUGGGCAAGACCAUCGGGGAGGGGAGCUACUGCAAGGUUAAUAUGGGUGUGUGGGGGAGAGAGAACACCACCGUAGCCAUCAAGAUCAUCAACCUGCAGCGGGCCCCGAAAGACUUUGUCGACAAGUUCCUCCCUCGAGAGCUGUCCGUCCUGCGGGUCAUCCGCCACCCGCACAUCGUGCAGGUGUUAGAACUCAUCGAGGUGGGCAGUGACAAGAUCUACAUCGUGAUGGAGGCUUUGGGCAGCAACCUGUUUAAGGUGCUGCGGCGCCAGGGGUACUUCAACUGUACCCGCGCCCAAGAAUUCUUCAGCCAGCUUGUGAGUGCCAUCCACUACCUGCACUGCCAGCAAGUGGUACACCGAGACAUCAAGUGUGAGAACAUACUCCUGACCCAUGACGAGCAGUGCAUUAAGCUCACGGAUUUCAGCUUCAGCCGCCAGGUCCAUGACUUUGGGGACCUGAGCACCACCUUCUGCGGCUCUGUGGCCUACGCUUCUCCCGAAGUGCUGCUGGGUAUCCCUUAUGACCCCAAGAAAUACGACAUGUGGAGCCUGGGCGUUGUGCUCUACGCCAUGGUGACCGGGCGCAUGCCCUUCAGUGACGUGGCCGUCAUCAAGCUGCCCCACUUCCAGAAGCAGGGCGUCGAGUUCCCCAAAAGGCCGAAGUUGGCCGAACCCUGCAAGGUGCUCAUCAACGACCUGCUGCAGUUCACCCCCAGCGCCCGGCCCACUGCUGGACAGGUGGCUCGGAACAGCUGGUUGUGCAAGGAGAGUCAGAGGCGACCGUAUUCCCUCCCCGCUCCUCACAGGAGCUUGAGUUUAGACCUGCCUACUAGCCGUGUCCUUUCCUUUCCACCGCCUCUCAAGGAUGAUGGGGCCUCAGACGACAACACUGGUCCCACUUGCUCCCCCACACCGCCCUUGAAGACCCAAUACCCGAGGGUGGUUAGUUCACCCAAAGACCAAGGUGGCCAGGCCAGGGCUUCGUGCGGCAAGGGACUCGAGGCUCCACCCAGUCUCCUCCCAAGACGGGUCUCAGUGCAGGCAGAAUACCUGAGCGCAGCGGGUCUGCCGGAAGAUCAAGGUGGCCAGGCCCGGGCUACGUGCAGCAGGGGAUCCGACGCUUCCCCCAGUCCUCUCUCAAGACAGGUCUCGGUGAAGGCAGAACACCCGAGCGUAGCAGGUGUGUCAGCAGACCAAGGUGGCCAGGCCCUGGCCACACACAGCAAGGGACACAAGACCCAUCCCGAUCUCCUCCCUAGACCAGUCUUGAAGACUCGACACCUGAGUGUGGCGGGUCUGCCAAAACGCCAAGGUGGCCAGGCCUUGGCCACUCACAGCAAGAGACAUGAGACCCAUCCCGAUCUCCCUAGACCGGUCUUGAAGACUCGACACCCGAGCGUGGCGGGUCUGCCAAAAGGCCAAGGUGGCCAGGCCUUGGCCACUCACAGCAAGAGACAUGAGACCCAUCCCGAUCUCCCUAGACCGGUCUUGAAGACUCGACACCCGAGCGUGGCGGGUCUGCCAAAAGGCCAAGGUGGCCAGGCCUUGGCCACUCACAGCAAGGGACAUGAGACCCAUCCCGAUCUCCCUAGACCGGUCUUGAAGACUCGACACCCGAGCGUGGCGGGUCUGCCAAAAGGCCAAGGUGGCCAGGCCUUGGCCACUCACAGCAAGGGACAUGAGACCCAUCCCGAUCUCCCUAGACCGGUCUUGAAGACUCGACACCCGAGCGGGAUGGGUCUGCCAAAAGGCCAAGGUGGCCAGGCCUUGGCCACUCACAGCAAGGGACACGAGACCCAUUCCGAUCUCCUUCCGAGACCGGUCUUGAAGACUCGACACCUGAGCGGGACGGGUCUGCCAAAAGGCCAAGGUGGCCAGGCCUUGGCCAAGCACAGCCAGGGACCUCAGACUCUCCCCAGCCUCCUCUCAAGGCGGGUGUCAGUGAAGACAGAAUACUUGAGCGUGGCAGGUGUGUUCAAAGACCGAGGCAGCCAGAUCCAGGCCACACCCAGCAUGGGACCCGAGGUUCCCCCCAAUCCCCUCUCAAGACAGGUCUUGGUGAAGAGAGAAUACCUGAGUGUGGCAGGUGUGCCCAGAGACCAAGGAAGCCAGGCCGGGGCCACCUACAGCAAGGAAUCCAAGCCUCCCUCCACUCUCCACCCAGGAUGGGCUUCGGUGAAGACAGAAGACCCGCGCGGGGAGGGUGUGCCGGAAGACCAAGGUGGCCAGGCCUGGGCCACAUGCAGCAAGGGACCCGAGACUCAUUCGGGUUUCCUUUCUAGAUCCGUCUCAGUGAAGAAAGAAUACCCCAAGGCGGUCGAUCUGUCAAAAGACCCAGGCGGCCAGACCUGGGGCCCGAGCAGCAAGAGACAGGAGACACCCCCAGGUCUCCUCUCAAGGCGUGUCUGGAAGAAGGCAGAAGACCCAAAUGUAGCAGGUGUGUCAGAAGACCAAAGUGGCCAGACCUGGGCCCCACCCAGCAAGGAAGCCGAGGCUCCCGUCUAUCUCCUUCCAAGACGGGCCUCGGUGAAGAGGGACUAUCCAAGGGCAGCCCGUAUAUCAGGUGGCCACUCCCAGCAGAGAUCCCAGGAGGAGAACCCAGAUGGAGGUUUGGAGGAGGAAACACACAGAGCAUCUGGGACGCUCCGGCCCACUGACCCAGAAGAAACAGUGCUAUCUCACAGCCAUUACACCCCUGCAUCCCCCCAAUAAAUUUGUUUCCUUUUA